CUCUCUCUCCCUUUCUCUCUUCCCCUCCCCUACUGAUACUUGCUCUCGCUCUUUAAAUAAAUAAACUUUUAAAAAAGAUUAAGCCAAUGUAGAUUGGAUACUGGGGUGGACACAAGUUUGUGUGUGGGGUGGGUGGGAGUGGCUGUUUUUAAUCAUUAUCAGGAAAUUUUUGUGUCUACCAGGGAAACAUUUUAUUAUAAACUAUAAAAGCUUGUUUUUAACAAAUACAUAACGAAGUGCAAAUAAACCCCAAUUUACUUCCUCAAUAGUUCUCAUAAUAAUGUCCUGCCCUACUGGACUCUGAACUACUUCCCGCAAUUAUUUUUCAUAAGUUCUAAACUUUAACCAGAAGGCUCAGGAUAAAAGGCAAGGCAGCGCCACCCAAACAGCCACUUUGACAGGGUUUCUCGUUGAACCAGGGACUGACCAUGACCUGCUGUGAAGGAUGGACAUCCUGUAAUGGAUUCACCUUGCUGGUUCUACUUCUACUGGGAAUAACCCUCAACGCAAUCCCUCUAAUUGUCAACUUAGUUGAUGAAGGCCAGUUUCUUCAAAACCCCAUCUCUUGCUUUGAAUGGUGGUUCCCAGGAAUUAUAGGAGCAGGGCUGAUGGUCAUUCCGGCAACAACAAUGUCCUUGGCAGCAAGAAAGAGAGCGUGUUGCAACAACAGAAUUGGAAUGCUUCUGUCAUCACUUCUGAAUGUGAUCACAGUCAUUGGUGCUGUGUACUGCAUGUUAGUAUCUCUCCGGGCUCUCUCGGAAGGCCCUCUCAUUUGUAACUCUCAAGUGAACAGCACUUCCAGCUGUGAAUUUUCAUUCAACAACUUAAGCAACAUCCAUCCAGAAUCCUUCAAUCUACAGUGGUUCUUCAGAGAGUCCUGCAUGGCUCCUGCUGAGGUCACUGAUCCCACCCUCAGUGGUACCAGGGCCAGUGAUGGUGGACGCUAUAGCUUGAACUUCAGUUCUAAAGAAAACAAACACAGGACGAUCCAUUUUUCAGUGUUCUUGGGCCUGCUGCUUGUGGGGAUUCUAGAGCUCAUGUGUGGGCUCAGUCAGAUGGCCAUCGGUCUUCUCGGCUGUCUGUGUGGAGUCACUAAGCGGAGAAGUAGGAUUGUGUAG